AUGUUGGAACAUGGAAUUUGGGGUAAUAUAAAUUUGUGUUCCCAGGCCAUGACCAUUCAUAUUUGGCUCCAGAAUAAUCUCUUAUUCCCCUUUGAGGACGUGUUUCUUAUGAUCCGGCGUCGCAAGACCACCAUCUUCACAGACGCCAAGGAAUCGAGCACCGUGUUCGAGCUGAAGCGCAUCGUCGGGAGCAUCCUCAAGCGGCCGCCCGAGGAGCAGCGGCUGUACAAGGACGACCAGCUCCUUGAUGAUGGGAAAACGCUGAGAGAGUGUGGCUUCACCAGCCAGACGGCGAGACCACAGGCUCCAGCCACAGUGGGCCUGGCCUUCCGAGCAGAUGAUGCCUUCGAGGCCCUGCGCAUUGAGCCCUUCUCCAGCCCUCCUGAGCUUCCAGAGGUGAUGAAACCUCAGGACUCAGGAGGCAGUGCCAAUGAACAAGCUGUACAGUGAGGGCCCCAGGCCCACUUUGAGGCCCAUUCCUCCCUACCCCCAAUAAAAAGAGAUUUGGGUGUC